AUGAAACGUCUCUGUGUGGCUACAACUGACCUAUUCCGUAAUCUCUUCAUUUUCCUUAAAACGACAUCUCCUCGCAGACCGCAGAUGGCCAAAGAUGAUUUUAACAAGCCAACGGGACAUGGAGUAUAUUUCUCCGGAAAUUUUGAAAUCGAAGCCAAAGUCCCUUCAGAACUUGGACACAAAUCGGGUUACCGCAGCUACGUUGUGUUUGUCAACUGCGGAGGAGCUGACCGCGACAAAGAAACUCGAUACGAAAUUAGGGCAAUUGGUUACACCGAGGAGUUCAAAGGUGAAGUUAUUAACACUGUGGGUGUCACGGGUCUCGGCAUUGUAAGCAAACUCGGAUACAUGGUUGAAGAAUGUUGCAAGACUCUACGUGACAAAAAUGAGACGGAGGACCCCAAAACAAUGGUUGUGACUGUGAAACAUACUGACUAUCACCCAACCGCAAACCGAGUCUCCACUACUUGUGGCCACCGCGACACACGCGAAUUUGAAGAAAAAACAGUAAAAGAGGAGGCCAGUGCCGAUGGUUCCGGUCGUCCGAAACCCAAGAAAUUUGCCCCAAGACCAGUCACGGCCCCCUUUAAAUCACCGGUCAUUGCGCGAAACUCUAUGACUAGCAAACAAGCUCAACCUGCUGAUUGUCCUAUUGCUGAGGAGUCGGGCUCGGAAAGUGAAUCAGAAGAACCACUCAGCACAAUGCCCGCCACCAAAAAACGGGCCACUACCUCAACGCCUAAGAAAAGGGCCCGAGCUCUACCUGAGUAUGUGUGGUCACGUGCACCAAGUGUUGUGCAAGUGUUUUCAAUUGACACUUUACAAAGGCCCAAAAAUCCACCUUAUGCCCUUGACCUGCAACGGAAGCUGCACAUUGCUCGCAAAAUACUUGCGGUCAAUGAACAAUAUUCGUCCACCCAAGGCAUGGCCUUUCGCGACUUCCUAAUAUCUGGAAUCACUUUACCAAACUUCUAUAUUGGCAAACAGUUUGAGACCAUUCCCCAAGAACUGCUUGGCCUCAGGACUGGCCCGAACCGAGGUUAUGUUAAACAAAUCAAAUACUUGCAAAACAUUGAAGUCUAUUACUUUAAGUAG